AUGGCCUCACCAAAUCCGGACUCGCCGCCGCCGUCUCUGGAGGAGCUGAGCUACCGCUACCUCCGGCAGGUCACCGCCGCGACCCCCCCGCGCGAGGUCGCGGUGCUGGUCCACCCGGCGAGCGGAUCCGUGACCCUCGUCGAGGGCGCCGUCGACGUCGAGGGCCUCCUCCGAGAGCUACCGGUCAAGCCGGUCCCGUCGCCGGCGACCAAGGCCUCGAUCGACGCCCUACCGGUGGUCCCCGCGCCGGAGCCGGGCCUGGAGUGCCCGAUCUGCCUGGUGGAAUACGAGGUCAACGCGGCGGUCAAGGAGAUGCCGUGCGGCCACCGGUUCCACGGCGGCUGCGUCGACCGGUGGCUGGGGAUCCGUGGCUCGUGCCCGAUGUGCCGGUUCAGCCUGCCGCUGGAAGACCUGCCGCUGGACGAGGGCGUGUACGAGAGCGGCGGAGUUCGGGUCACUGUGAUCGUGUUUCAGGGCCCGGACGAGGCGGGUUUGGAAUGGGGCGAGUCGGGUACGAGUACGGGUAUGGACACGGUUUUGGAUCGGGUUCUGGCGGGUAUGGAUGUGGAAAGCGAUGGCGAUGAAGACGUGGCAGCUGAGAAUGAUGAGGUGGCAGUUCAGGACAUGGAGUUGGACUACAUCGAUUAA